CUUUCACAGCCAUAGUCUCGUCAACGAAUGGGACGCAGAGCUCACCGACUGCUUAGCACGACCGGCACUACCACAACUGCUGCAACAACACAAGACAGUAGCAUGUGCGUGCCCCCCACGCCGCCGAGCAGCAUCGCGACGCAAUGCGAUUAUGCAGUAGAAGUGGACAACCUCGACUUCGCCUAUCCCUCGUCGCUGCCGGGCGAGGACGAGCACCUCGUGCUCAAGAACUUUUGCAUGCAGCUCAAGCCGGGCUCGCGCUGUCUAUUGCUGGGCGCGAACGGCUCCGGCAAAAGCACGCUGCUCAAAGUUUUAGCGGGCAAGCACUUAACCAAGGGCGACCGCGUCAAGGUCAUGGGCACGGACGCCUUCCGGGACCUGAAGCUCAACCUCACGCGCGCGUUCCUCGACACGCAGUGGGGUAUGAGGACCGUGGCCUUUGCCGGGUAUGGAUGUCCUCUCCAAGCCGAUAUCAGAGUAGGCGGCAUGAUGGAGAAGCUCCAGUCGCAAUACCCGGAGCGAAGGGACGAGCUCGUCAAGCUGCUGGGCGUUAAUCCCGAGUGGCGCAUGCACCGCGUCAGCGACGGGCAGCGGCGGCGCGUGCAGCUGUUGCUUGGUCUGGUGCGGCCCUUCGACAUCCUUUUGUUGGAUGAAGUGACCACGUGCCUCGACGUGAUCGUCCGCCAAGAUCUCAUGCGGUGGCUCCAGAAGGAGACGGAGACGCGGGGCGCUACUGUUGUGUAUGCCACGCACAUUUUUGAUGGACUGGACGACUGGCCGACGCACCUGCACUACCUGAACCGCCACGGUGCCACGGGCUGGCAGGGGCCCAUGGGCGAGCUUGAAUUAUACUCAAAGUUAAGGAAGGAGGGCCACCCGUCGCCGAUGCUCAAGAUCGCGACGACGUGGCUCCGCGCGGAGAUCGCCGAGUACGGCGUCCAGGUCGAGGGCGCGGAUGGCGAGGGCGCGCGCGAGUCGAAGAACCCGAACGCGCUGUCGACGGACCGCGGCGGCGGCUUCAACCCGGGGCGGAUGCUGUCGUACAAGGCCUAGGUGCUGUUUGUCUCUCGCUUCGGAGGAGGCCGGCGCCGUUCUGCGCCGCCGCCCUUCCCCUCGAUGUGUGUAAUAACCUUCUUUCUU